AUGCACCGCUGUGCGGCUGCUGGUUGGGCUCGAGAGAGAGCCCGUAAGGCACAACGGAACGAGUUUCAUAAGAACGAUCGGUAGGCUCCCCCUACAACAGUUUAACCUGUUUAAUGUGAACAAUAGGUCAGAACAGGUUGAGGGUCGACCCAGGGUGGGCGUCCACGUGCUGUGGCGGUCCGCCCACUUAGUCGCCACCGCCUUGCCUCGUCCCACAAUCCCGGUCGAUUCGCCGCUAGGACCAUGCGAGUCUUGUCGUUAGCCUCGCCUGGGUCCGAUGCUAUUCAACACGGCCUCUUCGCUGAUUGGUUACAUGCGGACACAAUUUGGCCAGAUCAGAGGUGCACAGAACACACUUCUGGAGAGGACUUGCGGCAACUGUUUACAGAGCUUCUAGCACGCACUUUCUCUCAGUAAAAAGCUGUCUUACCAAUUGCGCCUUCCCUGACGUCUGAUUUGGGGAUCAUUGCUCUGCCAAUCACUGGGAACUCCCGCACCAGCUUCCCAUAACGACAAUGUCAUCCGGGCAGGCGCCGAAUCGAAUUGUGUGAGGGCAUGUCAGAGUCAGUCGUGCAGUUGACUGGCCGGUUUGGUGGAUAGGAUUGGCCGGCCGGGAAUUAGACUGCCACUGGUACGGACCUACAAUUACGAGGCGCAGUGACGCACCAGGCGCCCGGAGUAGAGUCACCAUGCUUUCUUCACUAUACCAAAUCUGGUGCGUUCCCCGAUCUAUCACGACUCGUCAAGAGUCCUACCUUGGAAGGUUGUCAACUGAUGGGCAAACUCGGUCCUUGCCAGGACUGAGAGUCAGACUGCAGUGCCUCCUUCUUAAUUUGGUUCCCUUCCCGGUAGGCCUUUGUGGUACUUACGCACGUGAGAUCAGGCCUGUCCUCGGAGUAGCCCACCACACAGAACGAAGGUCAGAUAGUGCGUGGCACGCGUAGACGGACUGCAUGGGGAAGAAAAUACAGAAUAAGAUCGGCUCCUUUAAGAAGGAGACACGAUCGCUGGGACAAGAGCUCCCGACCGUUCGGACAAUCUUUUAUUAUCGGGCCCUGGUGGUUGAGGGAAAGGAUUGCACGGUAGGUGCUGCGCAAGUCUGCCUCAGUUUAAACUAAUUCACGCGCGAACCACUGGUGCUGCGUCCAGUUCGCGAGGUACACGGUAGACGUUGUUGUUUGUAACGGUCAAAAUGUCAUGUUCAUUUUUUCCCUACAAGAAUUUGUUUUCGAAAAGCCCAAAGUCCAAUGACUGCUGGUAAUUAGUAGCUACAUAAAUAACUCCCAGCCCACAUACAGUAGGUGGGCUAACUCAUGGAAUGCCAACUGAAGUUCCGAAGUGCGUUUUCGCUUCGAUAAGAUUGAUUAAGUAGGGUUGUAAAACUAAUCAGUCUGCAGUAUAAUUCUGUAAUAAUUCAGUUACCUCAGGAUGCCGGAUUUCGAAAGAACUUCCUUUCGGCUGCAUGCAAAUCUACACUCUGUAAAAAAUGACCGCUUAAGUAGCAUGCAUUUUUCUCAUUGAUUUUCGAUGCCUCUAAAUGUCUAAUUAUAUUUCAUGGAAGACAUGCAUAAAAAUAUUCAUUCUUCCGCUCAUUCGGUAGAAAAGUACGCAUUCUUUCAAUUCAAUACUCGAAGGAAGGGUAUUAUUUGGUUUUUAAAACUUUUCCAAUUCUCGAAUCAUUUUGAACCCGCUCUGCCGUCACACUUUCAUUCAGGGUUUCAAAACUACAAGCCAUGUAUUUUCCGCGUACGAAAAACCACGCAUUUCUCUACGGUAUUAAGAGGAGACCAUAUUGGGUUCAUAAAAUUUAGCAUUGGAUUUGAUCCAUAGUGUUAACUUUACAAGCCACAUUGGUAAAUGCAGAGAUAUGGCGGUUUAUGAAUGGCCAUUUCAUGAUGUUAUAAAAUAUCAUAAUUAGAAACUUUUUGAAAAUCGAAUUAUGCCCCUCCUUCGAGUAUCAAAUUGAACGAAGACGUUAUUUUCCACCGAAUGAACAAAAGAAUGAAUAUUUUGUUGCAUGUUUUCCAUGGACUAUAAUUGGACUUUUAGGGGCAUCGGAAAUCAAUGAGAAACAUUUUUGCUAAUUAAGUAGUCGUUUUUUAGGGACUGUAGUUUUUGCAUGCACCCGGAAGGAAGUUCUUUCGAAAGCCGGAUUCCUGAGCUAACUGAGUUAUUAUAGAAUUAUACUACAGACUGAUUAGCUUUGCAACCCUUCUUAGUUAGUCUUUUCGAAAAGAAAACGCAUUUCGGGAUUUCAGUUGACAUUUCAUGAGUUAGCCCAACGACUGUACAAGGUUUUCUUAAACAGACUCCUGACUUAAUCUUUUGCACGUCUUCGUCACUUAUGUCCGUGUUCGAUUUGGGCUGCCAGUGCUCUGGGCACCAUCAUUGUCACGGCCAUGAACUACAGCAGCUGAAAUCACUCGUAUGUGCUGGCCGGGAAGGAUAUGGAUGUGCGUAAUGGCGAUUCUUGGCCGCAAGGUGGGGUGUAGGGGUGUUCAGUUGUGAUUCCACUAGAUGGUCGUAGUAGGUCGCUCAACUGCUUGCAAGUAUAGACUACUCCUAACGUUUAUCAACUGGCACCCAAUUCUCAUCUGUGACUCCCCGAAGGUAUGCUCUGCUUAGCAGCCACACCCCGAUAAUCGCCUCGACCGGCGGGCUAAACCAUGUGAGGGUAUCUGUGUGUGCAUCUCCACACACGGUAACUUGUCUCCCCUCCCACCACCGUUGGCCUCUGCACCUCCGAGAUGAGGCUCCGUCUGUAACCCCGCAGGAGUUCACAAGCACUCAGCAAGCUCCUGAGAGGCUCCUUUCUACUUCUUCGUACCCACUAUUCGUCCUUCAUGCCAUCUUCUUUCUACUCUACAUUACUCUCUUACCCCGCGGUCGAGAGUCCUACGGAUAACCGCAUCGCCACCUCCAAGACGAGGCUUUGUCCAUGACCCCGUAGGAGUCCACAAGGUAAGUGGGCCUUUGAUGUCUUGGCUUUGUGGGUCUUUGUUUUGCGCUAAAUACCGUUCUGUUGAAUUUCUCUGCUCACCGUUUACACUCCAGCAACCAGUCAGCUCAGAGAGGGAAGGGAAACUCUGCUUCUCACCACUCUGCCUUUUCCUAUCCUCUCCUCCCACAACUUCAAAAAGUCCUAUGGAGAGGGCGACGUGCAUUCCCAUAGGCGGCCCAGAUUAACUAAACGAAGUCGUGGCCCACAGUGGAGUCCGGCAAUCGUUUGGGAUGCUUGAGCAGCAUAUUUAGACACAGCACUGUUUGCCCCCGCAAGGGAAGCGGUGCUAGAAAAAGUGCCCUAAAUAAAUUCUGGGUUCACGUCCUCUGUGCGCAGACCGAGGCUCGCAGCUUCAAAACACACGGUCGAAACAACCAAAAAUGAAACUAUAUCUUCCCUCUCUCUUCCCCCUCCCUCCUCCUCCUCCUCCUCCUCCUCCUCUUCCUCCUCCCCUCCGCUCCACCCCACAGACUGUAAGAGAGACUCCGUUCAAUGUGGUAGCCUGGAAUGUUCGUCCCUUUUGGAUAAUCCGAGGAGCAACCAGUCGGAACGAAUUACGGCGCUAGUCGAUCGCGAACUGGCACACUACAUGGUGGACAUCGCUACAUUCAACGAGACCCGUUUCCCUGAACAAGGCCAUCUGGAGGAGGUGGGUGCCGGCUACACCUUCUGAAGCGGUCACCCAAAGGCAGAGCGACGGGACGCGGGAGUCGCCUUUGCCAUCCGAAACGACACCGUGGGACGACUGCCCUGUCUGCCGCAGGGCAUUAACGAUCACCUGAUGGGUCUCCGCCAGCCUCUCCGGCGAGGCCAAUUCGCCACCAUCUUCAUCAGCGUCUACGCUUCCCUCGAAGACCAUCACUGACGCGAUAAGGAACGAAUUUUACGGGGAACUGCACGCCCUCCUGUCGACUGUGCCAAGGGCGGAUAAGUUGAUUGUCCUUGAUGACUUCAACGCCUGCGUUGGCACAGACCAAUGUGUCUGGAGAGGAGUUCUGAGUCUCCGCGGUCUCGGCGGUCUCGGCGGCCCCAUUGACAAUGACCUGCUGUUCCUACAAACCUGUGCAGAACACCGACUCAUCCUGACGAUCAACUUCUUCUGCCUGCCACCGGGAUGCAUCCUCGGUCGCGACACUGGCACCUGCUGGACCAUGUCCUCGUCCGGAAGCGAGACCAGCAGGAAGUGCCGGUGA